CCGACGCACGAAUCAAAUUUGAAUAGCAAUUUGUUUGUUCCAAAAUCUAUUUAUUGAAACCGAUCAAGCUAGCCAAAUUCUAGAAUUCCUUUUUGUAACUUUAAAGCUACGGUAGGAUUUAGUGUGAAACGAUACAAAAAACGGUAUUUAUUCGUUUGUUUGUUGUCAAUCCAACGGUUUGACAGCAACUAUCGCAGCUACUUUAAAUGUUUCAUUCGUUUGAAUACAUUCGUUUGGUAUUAGGCAUUCAAAAGCAUAACAAAGUGCUGGGCGGUCGCUCCAGAGUUGAAGGAAUAUCUGAACAAACUACAAAGCGCUAAGAUGAGCUCGUUUUUCAAAGCCAAAAAACCUAGUCCGCCAAACACCACUGGAGACCCGGGAGCAGCUCAAACCGCGGAUGAUUUCAUCUUUAUCGAACGAAGCGUUGCAUCGGCCAAGCCCAACGUCGAUGUCGUGCGUGAACCUUCGCCGAUGUUUCCAGUUAAAUCAGAACUGUUUCCUGCCAUUCCUGGCCCGUUAGCCAAAGGACCGGCAGUCCGAAAGUACAGUCAUGAAAACUAUGACCACUACAUAAGAUUCGUACCAUUUAAGCUUCCUCCAGAACUCUGUGUGGACGACCUGAACGAGCUUUCUCGCCUCCAGAUGUACGAUGUAUUGUCCUACAUUACGCAAAUUUUAUACUCUGUGAAACAUCAAUACGAUUUCCGUUUGGAGAAAAGAGUAUUGAACGACACGGCAAAGUAAGGUUUUGGAAGAAGUGCAGACAUCAAGAGCGUCGAAUGAAAUAAAUUAAUAAAACAAGU